UCCGGCCCCUGGUGCUGACACCCCACCCCUCCGUGGCAGGUCUUCUGCAGUGGGAACCCUCCCCCAGCCUUCAGCCGGAGAGCUGGGGCUCCCCACCGGAGCUGGCAGCGCUCGGGUUACCCCCACAGCAGGCAGCUCUGCUACCACGGGGCUGUUUCUCUUGAAAAGCAAGAACCGAGCCAUUUAUAGUUGUAGACCUUUGCACUGGCCUGAGCGGGAGCGGCUGCAGUGGCAGAUUGCGUGAAUCAUGGAGAAGUUUGGCAUGAACUUUGGAGGUGGCCCAAGUAAAAAAGAUCUUCUAGAGACUAUUGAAUCGCAGAAGAAGCAGCUUCUUCAGUACCAGGUUCGGCUGAAGGAUGUCGUCAGAGCCUACAAGAGCCUGCUCAAAGAGAAGGAAGCCUUGGAAGCCAGCUUGAAAGUAUUGUCUGUGUCUCAUGAGGCAGAUAUUGGCCUGAACGGUGCCCAGCCCGCGUCUGCGGCUAGCUCCGGCUCUUCCUUCGCCGAUUCUGCUGAUGACAGGAGCUCGGUUCACAGCGAGGAUAUCGUGGGGACAGCUACCAGUGCAGAUACGGCCGCCAGCCUGGCCAGUGCCAAGGGUGAGGCAGGGCCUGAGGAUGACAAACCUGCAGCUGCCGCUUCCUCUCUUAAAUCAGAAGAGAUGAGUGGGUCGGAGAGCGGCAUCAGCACGAGCAGCGGGGAUGUGUCGUCUGCUGCGAGCGAGGCUGAUAAGAGAGUGCUCCAGCUGAAGACUCAGCUGGCCACCUUGACCAGCGCUCUGUCAACAGUCACGCAGGAGAAAUCCCGCAUGGAAGCCUCGUACCAAGCAGACAAGAAGAAGAUGAAGCAGGACCUGGAUGACGCUGUUAAGAAAGCCGAGGAUGAGACGGAGAAGUUUGAGACGGAGCUGAAGUCUGUUCAGGAACAGCUGGCUGAGACCAAAGCCCGUCUGAUCACACAGCAGCACGACCGAGCGCAGGAGCAGAGCGACCACGCUGUUAUGCUGCGAGAGCUCCAGAAGCUGCUGCAGAGCGAGAGGACUUUGCGCCAGGACGCAGAGCUGAAGCUGGAGGAGACCAGGGAGGCGCUGGCCGGGAGGGCGUGCAUGGCCGACCGCGCCGAGGGCUACGAGCUGCAGAUCAGGCAGCUGAGCCAGGAGGUGGAGGACCUGAAGAGAGAGCUGCAGGCUGUCUGGGAGGAGAACAACAAGCCAGACCCCCGGCUACAGGGCCUGCAGGAGGAGAUGGCCGGCCUGAAGAACCACUUCCACAUGCAGCUGUUGCAAGAGAUGAAGAAGACCGCCCAGGCCGAGGAGCAGCUCCGCCAGCACGCCCAGAUGGAGGAGCGGCGAGUGGCCGCCUUGGAGGGCCAAGUCUCCGAGGUGUCGGAGCUACUCGGCACGUACGAAAAGGCCAAGCAGAAGGACCAGGUGGUCAUCCAGAAGCUCAAGGACCGCAUCGUACAGUUGGACCUGGAGAACAAAACCCUGGCCAUCGCCGCCUCCAGCCGCUCCCCCGUGGAUGUUCACGUAGAAGAAGCCAAUCUUGAUGUUAAUGUUCUAAAAGAUAAAAUGGAGAAGCUGAAAAAGCUCCUGCAGGCAGCGGCGAAGAAGAGUCAGCCCGCGCUGGACAUCGAGAAGCUGUGUGAGCUGGAGCUGCCCAGGGGCUCGGAGGCUGGCGAUGGCGAGAAGGCCACUGCCUUGUACUACCAGCAGGAGCUGAAGCAGCUGAAGGAAGAGUUUGAAAGGUACAAGAUGAGGGCGCAAGUGGUUCUCAAGAACAAGUCGGCCAAAGACGGCAAUCUGGCUAAAGAGCUGGAGGAAGCUCAGGAGCAGCUGGCGGACCUGAAGGAGAAAUACAUUGUGCUUCAGCUGUCCUCUGACGAGAUGGAGAAGCGGCACCAGCAAGACCUGGAAGCCAAGAAGCAAGAGAUGUCCCAGCUGCAGCAAAGUCAUAGGCAGGAGUUGGAGCGGUGCCAGCUGGACUACAGGGAGCGGGUGCUGAAGCUGGAGGAGGAGAUGCACAAGCAGCGGGACCGAGCGCUGGCAGUGCUGGCGGAGAAGGACCAAGAGCUGGAGCAGCUGAGGUCGGUCACGCUGCCUUACGGGCUUCAGGGAUCCAAACCCUACCCUGACGUUACCAGCAGUGACUCGCCAGGUGACGAUUCCUCAGAGAUUCUCCCCCAGGCCCUUCAUCUCUCGGCCAGCAGCGAGCCCACCUUCUUCUUGUACGCGGAGCAGCUGGCUCGCAAGGAAGUGGAGAUCGUAGCGCUGAGGAAGCAGAAGCACAAGCUGGAAAUGCAAGUUCACCAGCUCCAGGAGAAACUCUUGGUUGAGGAGGAGAAGCACCGGGAAGAGGUGUCUACACUUCAAAGCGAAAUCGAGAAGAACUUCAGGGAUAAGAGCAGAGAGGGAGCCAACCUGGAAUACCUCAAAAACAUUGUUUAUAGAUUUUUGACGCUGCCAGAUUCUCUUGGUCGCCAACAGACUCUCACGGCUAUUUUGACUAUUCUGCAUUUCAGCCCAGAAGAAAAGCAAGCUAUUACAAAACAGUCAGCUUACAGCAGCUGGUGGCUGUCUGGGAAGAGAUGAGAUGGCUGCUUUUUAUUCCUGUCUGCUUGUGCACAGUAACACGGUUCUGGUUAUUAACAAAGAGCACUUCUCUUGUGGUGUAACCUCUUCCCGACCACGUGAUGGAGCGGGGGGCUUUUGGCAAAGAAUUGGGCUUAAACUAGUGCUCUUAGCACUCAUUUAAAGUAGAAUUGUGCCAACUCUUCCGGUAGGAUUGUGGUGCUCUCUGGUGUGAGGAUUUGCUCUGAGAUGGGACCUGAUUUAAAAAAGAAAAAAAAUUGAAGGUAGAUACUGAUGCUUUUUUUAAACACAAUUAAUACCUGUCAGGCGUAGUGUGAGGAGCUUUAUUAGAGUGGAACUUACGGCUUCAAACACCAGACAGGCUUGUGACUCAAAAGAUUUAAAGGCGGGGUGGGGGGAGAAGCACUUAACACGGUGCUAAAAUAACAUAAGACAAAGAGCUGAAAGCCUGCAAGAAGGAUGAGUCCUAACUACCAGCAUCAUCCAAAUGCAGAAAAUCUUGAGUGAUUUCUAAUAAGGUUAUUUUUUUUUAACCUUGAGCCAAAUUUAUAGCAGUGGGUAGAGCAGCUCCUCACAGCACAGCGCGUCCCGGGGCGCUCCCUUACUGACCAGGGAUCCUCUCUGCCGUUAUUGCUGUUUCCCAGGAAGGAGAAGAGAUACCCCGGAUAUUUAAAUUUGAACGCUUGGAGCUGCAGUGGUGCAAGCAGUGGUCCCCCAGCAGCAGAUAUCUGACCCCGCUUGAGAUGGGAACGGGGCUGUUGCAGAAAGCAGAGGGAGGAGAGGCUGAAGCAGGCAUGCUGACCCUUCAGCACUCAUCUGCUGAGCGUUUGGGGGUUUCGGUGGAGGGAUGACGUUCUGCAGUGUUGGGUUUUGGAAGCCAGGCUUUGCUCCUGCUGCUCUAGAAGCAGAAAACAGCUCUGGGGAGCCCUGCACUUGCCCUAAACACCGUGUGGGGAAAAGCCCGGCUGGUUGCUGCAUAGACCUUGAAAUUCUUGUGUAACUCCCUCACGGUUUGGUGAGAAUGGUAAGAAGGAAGCCAAAAAAAAGUUUUGAAACCCUUCUGGCUUUGGUGUAAGCUCCCUGCUGGCGUUCCUGUGGUUUGCAGUUGGGCUCCUGAGUGCUUAGACCCCGAACAGCUGAGCUGAAAGCCCCGGCUCAGUGGGAAGAUGGCUGGAAUAUGAAAGUUUUACAGCCGGCUGCAAGGGUAGGAGCAGAGUGUUGAAUGUUUGCGGGCUGUGCGAGAGGGGUCGAGGCUUCGGGGAGCUGCGGCCUGCUGGGGGAGCUGCCUGCUCCUGCCUGUGGGAGACCUGACUUCACCCCUUUGUCUUCAGUCUGCCCGCUGCCGAGAUGAGGGAUCCCCAGGGAUCUCCCCAGCCUGUCCCCUGGCUCCUGGGGCCACUAGAGGGCACCCACUGGUCGCCCAGUCCCUAGGGAUGGCCACCCUAGGGUGCAGCAUCCCUCCUGCUGCCACCACACUAGUGCUGAUGGGGCCUGACCCCCCUGGGAAUGGGCCUGGCCCUGAAAAGCAGCACAGAGGAAAGCAACAAGUGCCAUGAGAGGGCUUAGUGGCCAAGGCUGGGUCCUGGCUGGUCCACGUGGCCAGGGGGGCAAUGCUGUGUCUCGGGGCAGCUCUCACGGGGGCUGUAAGGUCAGCAGGGUGGGUUUCUCUGUCCAAAACGUCUUCUGCAAGUGAACUGCUCCGGAGGUCUGGGGCAGGUGCUGAUGCUUUUUGUAAUGAAGGCUAUGCAGAGUCAGGAAAAACAAACAAGCCCCAA